AUGUCAAAACCAAGAAUUCUGGUAGUGGGUGCGACCGGACGUACUGGAGGCACUAUCGUUGACAGCCUUCUUGAGGAUGGCAAGACCCAUGUCGAGGCACUCAUACGUCCCGCAUCAAAUGCCAACCCGACUAUCUUGAAACUCAAAGACCGUGGUGUGAAGAUUCAUUUCGGCGAGAUUAAAGAUGAUCCUCAACUUGCUAGUAUCUUAGCCGGUAUAGACACCGUUAUUAGUGCCAUCGGACCAGGUGCACAGUUGGAACAGAUCCCUCUCGCCGAUGCGGCAAAGAAAGCAGACGUUAAAAGAUUCGUGCCUUGUGCCUUUAUAACUGUUUGCCCGCCCGGCGGCGUUAUGUGGAUACGUGAUCAGAAAGAACAAAUCUACCAACAUUUCCGCAAGCUUGGACUUUCGUACAAACUCAUCGAUGUAGGAUACUGGUACCAAGCCUCCUUCCCAACACUGUCUUCUGGACGUGUAGAUUAUGCCAGCCUGCUGGUUCCCAAUAUGACGAUCUCUGGCGAUAAAAACAUAAAGACUGCACUUACUGAUCUACGUGAUAUCGGUCCGUAUGUUGCUAGGUGUAUGACCGAUAGCCGAACCCUGAAUAAAUGCGUUUUCUGUUACGGAGAGCUUCUAUCUCAGGAUGGGUUAUUCGCCAAAAUGGAGGAGCUUUCGGGAGAGAAGAUUGAGAGAGAAUUUGUCAGUCCUGAUCAACUCCUCGCCCUCUGUGACGCUAUCAAGGCGUCUUUUAAAUACAACCUCUCCGAUAUGAAGCAAGCUAUGACUGUUAUCGGCCUAGAAUAUUCCUAUAGUAUGUUCGUUCGCGGUGAUAACUCUCCCGAGUACGCGAAGUACUUAGGGUAUCUUGAUGCUAGAGAUCUAUAUCCCGACUUUGUUCCCCGAUCGUUCGAGGCGUUUGCAAGGGAGCUAGUAGAUGGGAAAGCGGCAAGGAUUUUCUAG